GUUUUAUUAUCAUUUCGAAAGUGUGUGCGUUGGUGCCUAUUUUGUUAAAUUUUUGCAAAAUUUAAUAUAAGUUUGUGUGAAUUACAAUAUGUGAAAGACAACAAAAAGUUUUCCAAAAGAUGCAAAAAAAGUAAAAUAAUAAUAUGCGUGAACCAACGCAACAUUUAUAAGUGAAAACCAAAUUGCAACACUCCGCCCCAUAUAAAAUUCACAAAAACAGUUUGUGUGAAAGUGAAUAUUUGGAGUUGCAAACACACACAGCGGACAGACAGCUAGAGCAGCGCCAACACAACAUUAAAAUUACGUGGAGAUAUACAAAAAAAAAGUAAUAAAUAAUAACAAAAUUCAUUUGGCAUUAUGAAGCGGCAGCGGCCGCCGUCAUGGCUGCGUCUAUCACUUCGACCCCUCCUCUGGUUGCAUGUAUUUCAAGCACUAUGGAAUUAUACUAUUGCCAUACACCUCACAGGCACUUUUCACACGGACGACUUUUUUAAAGUGAUCACCAAAUUUGGUUUCCAAAAGGCCGAAGUGUCAAUACCACAUGGUGGCUCAUUUGGCUACAUAUAUGGCAAUAUCACAGCAGCAACAGAUACAUUUGUGCAGCCCAUUUCAUUAGUGGUGCUGGACAAGGUGGCAUUUGUUGAUUUCUAUAGCAAUCGUAGUCAUGUGGACCAUGAGUUGGCGUGCCAACGCAUGUUUGCGCAUUUGCAACCUCUAAUCUAUGAUGAGACAUGCAACAAGCAGGGUAAACGUGAUUAUGUACGUCGUGUACCAUGCCCAUUUGGUCAGCUAUGCGUUGACGAAGAUACGCCCAGCAAUGUAAUACCACAGCGACAAUUUACCUACACCAUAAGUGAGGUGACGGAGCCGAGAUUCUGGUAUGUGGCACUCACGUCCUGCUAUCAUAAUCGUACCGCAUGUAAAUGGCAAGCAUACGAUCAUCUCAAAAGCCACAAUGAACUUAACUAUGAUAUUUACGUUGUCAACACGCAUCCCAACAACUCCGCCGCGCAUCCACUCACAUUUCAGUUCUCUUUCGAUCAACAAAACUUAUUAGAAAUGUAUAUGAUAUUCUUGCUGGUCUAUAUGGUGCUGCUACCGGUGCAAAUCUACGCGGUGCGCCUGCAAAAACAUCCCGUCACACGUCUAUUCACGCUGAGCUUGGCCAGCGAGUUUGUCAGUUUAGCUUUCAUCACAGCACAUCUGAUAAAGUUCGCCAUAAAUGGCGUGGGCAUGCCGAAUAUGCAGACAGCAGGCGAUAUACUGGAUAUAUUUAGUCGGACCACAUUUAUGUUGAUUUUGCUACUGCUUGCUAAAGGCUGGGCCGUGACACGUCAGCAAAUUAAUCGCACUGGUUGGAUUAUAUUGAUGAGUAUAUGGGUGCCCUAUUGUGCAUUUCAAAUGUUCCUUUAUGUUUGGGAUAAGACGGAGGUGGAUAUUAUAUCGGACAUUGAUGAAUACCAGACAUGGCCGGGUUGGAUUGUUUUGAUUUUACGCACAUCAUUCAUGACUUGGUUCCUCUACGAGCUGCGCAACACCAUGAAAUACGAGCAUUCCACCAAAAAACUGGAUUUCCUGCUGCAUCUGGGCGCUUCUAGUCUUGUGUGGUUUAUAUAUUUACCCAUUGUCGCCAUUGUAGCGCUGCAAGUGAGCCCUAUGUGGCGGUACAAGUUGCUGCUUGGCAUCACCAAUUCGGCGGAUUGUCUGGCUUAUUGCGUAAUGACCGGCUUGCUGUGGCCCAAUCGCUCGGGCCAGUAUUUGCUGCUCGCCGGCAACAAAUACACGGGCAUGGACGAGCUGGACGAAUUCAACGAAGCGCCACAUAUUGUACGUGAACGUGAACGCCGCAGAAAUUCACCCGAUGCCAUAGUGAUCGCCAAUGGCGAGUUAACGCAACCGCAUGCAAAUGGUGGCAGCGGCAUUGUGACGUCAGUGGGCACUAACAGUUUGCUUGCAACAAAUGCUGUGAAUGGUGAGGCAUGCGUAGAGCUGCUGGAUGCAGAGGAUCUGGACGCGGUGCUUUUAACCGAUCUGAAUAAGAAUAGUCAUGUUGUGGCAUAAGUGUUAACGCGCGUUGUAGUAGUAGCGCCCAAAGCAGGAUAAAAAAAAACAAAUACUGUGCUGUAAACGCUUGUAGUUUUGUGCGUUGUUUGAGGAAAAAACGUUAAAGGUGUAUGUUUUACUAGCAUCCUGCGUAGCGCAGACACGCGUAGUGCGCGUUCAUGAACUUACGUUGCGCGCUUGUUUAUGAAAAUGUGGUAACGAAAGUCGUUGUGCAUCAAAUGUGAUGAUUUUUUUUAUGAUUUUAUAUACAUACAUAUGCAUAUGUAAACGUUAUUAUUAUUCACAAAUUUGCUUUAGUUUUGUAUGUUGAUUUUUACCGCUUACAAAAUACGUUUACAUUACAUUAGCUUUUAAUUUAGUUAUAAUAUUUACAAAUCUAAAUAAUCGAUAUAUUUCUAUUGUGUGAUGUAGUCAAGUACAUCUGCAUAUGUGUUUAGCAACAAAAGCAACAACAGACAUUAUUAAUUAUAAAGUAAGACAAACUCAUUAUUAUUAUUAUUAUGCACCUGGUUACAGCAUAAUAUUAUACUAUUUAUGUAUAUACAUAUAAGCUACACAUUUCGUAUUGUAAUCGAUUACUAUUACGAUAAUUUACAUUACUUAGCGUUGUAAGCACUGUUCGAAUGCGCAUAUUAUACAUAUUUGGGUAGUUACAUACAUAUGUAUGUCGAUAGUAACGUUAGCGGUAAAGAAAGCUGGUGAGUUUAUGUAGAAGAGUUACAAAAAUAGAAACAAAAGGUGAAAUAUGCUGCAAGUACACAACGAUUUUUGCAGCCUUGUGCUAUAUGGACUUUGUAAAAUGAACUUAUGAUUAUUACUGUAACAAAGUACUAAAUUUGAAAACAAAAAAAAAACAAAAACAAAAAUGUAAUGAUAAAAAUAUAAUAAAACAACAGAAAUUAUAGAAAUAAACGCAUAUACCUAAACGAGUGUCAAAUUAUAUUUGUAAAUUGCACAAUUUUUUGCAUAUGUAUUAUAUAUUUAGUGCGUUAAGCACCCCUACAUACCGGCCCCCACCCAAAAAUGUAAAGAAAAAACGGUAAAAUGGUAUGAAAUGAAGUUGGAGAGAAAUAAUCGAGGCACAAGUAUAUCAAAUAUGUCAAUAAAAAUUUAAAAAAUAUAUAAAACGAGAUAAAAGUGAAUGUGAAAAAUGUCAAUAAAAAGCGAAAGCCUAAAUAAAUGCAUAGAAUAUAAAUAAAAGGGAAGUAGAAAAAAUAUAAAAUACAAAUGGAAAAUCGAGGUGUAAGAAAAAAAAUGAAAACAGAUAUUGGAGAAAAAAUAAUACAAGAAGAAAAUGAAAAACAGUAAUUGAAGCAAAAAUAAUACAAAUUAGGCAACAGUCAAUAAUGCUAAGGGAAGUCAUGAUUUGUCGAAAAAUAAAUGAUGCAAAAAAACAAAAAUCUAAAGUAAUAAAAUUUGCAAAAAAUACUAAAAAAAAACUGAAGAUUGCAAUUUUCUAAAAAUCACGCAUAAUUCCACCCCAAAAUCAAUCACGUGACGAUUUUUCACAACCCCACAAGUAUCAGGUGUUUAAAACAUGCUGUACUUUGUGUGCGUAAAUACGUAAUAUUCGAAUUACAAAAACACUGGCACACACAUAAUCGUAUGACAAAUUUAAUUUUAAGUCGCUGCUAAACCAUACAUACUACAUACAUAUGUAAAUUUAACGACAGUGCAUAGAAGUUAAUGAGAGUGUGACAAAGCCAAACCCAAAUCGGUUUAAGUUUUUAAGUGAAGUUUUAAAAAGUGUUUUAGGCAUAGCAGGCUGCAAAAUUUUUAUGAGGUGUGUUGUAAUACAUUUACUCCAGGCAUAGUCUUAAAAUUAAAGUCGGAUCUGUAUUUAAAAAAAAAAAAAAAAUAAGGCAAAAUCCGCAGACAUGGCAAGCAAUUUUCGAACACUUGAAAAAUGUUCGUUAAUGAAAGUACAUGUUUUGUUUUAUUAUUUCUUA